CAUGACCAAAGUAAAGCGUGUGUCGUUUGUUUGGCGCCUUUCAGCAUUGGAUGUGUAUUGCUUGUUUUAAUUAAUGUGAUAAAAGUGAUUAAAAUGUUGGAAUAUAAGGAAUGAUAAGUUGGAUUGCAGCAUUAAUAGUGACAUUAUCGUUUUAUAUAAUAAUCAAACAUUAUAAGAACGGUAAAAUGGAUAAUGACGAGUUUUUGUCGGAAAGUGAAGAGGAGAAAAUUGAAUAUGGGAAGAGAAAAGGAAAUUUUGAUUGGGAGGCUUUUAAAAGUAAACCAAAAUCAGAAUUUAAGAAGAAAAUUUUUGACAAUUCAACCCAAAGUUUAAGUGAUGGUUUCAUUGAAUUAACCGACGAUGAAUCUGAUAAAAGUGAUAGAUCAUCAACCAUUAGAGGAACUGAUAUAAAAUUCGAAGCACCACGAGUUCUGAUACAUAACAUUCUCACAAUUGCAAAGGUGUCUGUCGAUAUGCCAGUAAAGCCUUACCCUUGCCAAACGGCAGUCAUGAAUAUGUUAAUAAAAGGCUGUACGAAUAAACAAAAUUGCCUCUUAGAGAGUCCUACGGGAAGUGGUAAAACAUUAGCCUUACUCUGCAGUGCUUUAGCUUGGCAAGAUAAUUUUGCUAAGGAAGUAGCAAAGGAGGAGGAAAACAGAAUAACUUCACCAAAUAUUGAUUCACCAUCAAAAAUAAAAAGUGAACCUGGUUGUUCCAACGAUAUUACAAAAGAAAGUGAUUUGGAUUUUGAAGAUGGCUUCAUUAAUCUUAAUAAAGCACUUGACGAUAUGGCGCCAAGGACAAAAAUUCCAAAAAUUUAUUACGGCUCCAGAACUCAUAAACAAAUCGAACAAAUUAUCAAAGAACUUAAGAGAACGGCAUAUCGUGAUAAGGCUAUGACUAUUUUAAGUAGCAGAGAACACUCCUGUAUUCAAAAUCCAGUAAAAAAAAGUAAAACUCAACUCUGCAAUGAGUUGCUGGACCCAGUGAAGAAACUUGGCUGUCCUUAUUACACUGAUAAAAACAGAAUCGAUAUGGGAUCUAAUGUGAGAUUACGAAAUUUAGGAAUUAAUGGACCAUGGGAUGUGGAAGAUCUAGUAGAAUUGGGAAAAGAAAUUAAUUGCUGUCCGUAUUUUUCAGCAAGACAUUUAAUGUUAGAAGCUGAAAUAAUAUUCUGUCCUUAUAAUUAUAUAAUCGAUCCUCAAAUAAGAGAAACGAUGCAAUUGGAUUUAAAAGAUCAGAUUAUAAUUCUCGAUGAAGCUCACAAUAUUGAAGAUAUAUGUCGUGAUGUGGCAAGUAAAACAAUUCGUGCUGAUGAAAUAGAAGAAGUCAUUAAAGAAUGUAUGAAUCUUGAAAAAAUAGUGCAUGACGAUAUCUUAAAAUCGACUUACAAUACAAUUUAUGACUACUGCCAAACAGUACUCCAAUUUCUUGCCAAGCAACUUGUUGCCCCGAUUAAUGGUGGUGACGAAUCGUGCAGUGCGUAUUGGAAAGGUGACGAGUUAAUGCAAUUAUUGGAGAUCAAUAGUUUGGGAAGACCAAUGUUGAAUCUAUUUAUUAAUGCUGCCAAGAAAGUUAUUAUUGAAUAUAACAAUGCAAAAGAAAAUAUUCGUGAGCAACAGAAAAAAGCACCACCAAUAAUUAUAUCUCUUUUUACAAAAAGACUAUUGGAAGAUCUUCUUUUUGUAAUUGAAAAAAUAUCUUCUAUACGAUUCUCUAAAGAUUUCAAAGCUUGUAUUAUGGAAUGUGAAGUACGCGAUUAUAAAACUACGCAGGUUGAAGACGAUGUUUGGGUUCGAGGUUCAAAUCGACCAAUAAAAAAACGAAUAAGAAUGUUAAAAUUAUUAUGUAUGUAUCCAGGAGUAAUUUUUAAACCACUCUCUGAUUUGGCAAGAUCUAUUAUUUUGGCUUCGGGCACACUCGCCCCUAUCAAUUCUUUUCAAAGUGAACUUGGAACUACAUUUCCAAAUAUGCUUCAAGCUAAUCAUGUAAUACCUAGUGAUCAGGUUUAUGUUCGAGGAAUUGCUCAUGGACCAACCGGAAUUGGUCUCAAAGCAAAUUAUCAAAACACUAAUUUAUUCAAUUUUAAGGAUGAACUAGGAAGAUUAUUAGUUCAAGUAUGUCAAUCAGUCCCACAUGGUGUAUUGUGUUUUUUCUCAUCGUAUAAAAUGAUGAAUUCUCAAAUUGAAAGAUGGAAGGAUACUUUAAUUUGGCAACAAUUGGAAAACAGUAAACACAUUCUUGUUGAGCCACGAUAUGGAAAUGAAUUAGACGAAGUAAUGACAGAGUUUCGAACAGUUAUAAAAGAUACUUCAAAUCCAAAUAAAUUUGGAGUCACGGGCGCUCUUCUAUUUGCCGUUUUCCGAGGAAAAGUUGCUGAAGGAAUUGAUUUUAGUGAUAAUGAAGCACGAUGCGUUUUAACAGUUGGAAUUCCAUUUGCUGUUCGAAAAGAUCCUGCGAUUGAUAUGAAAAUGAUGUACAAUGAUCUAAAUAAAACGAAAGGACUUCUCAGUGGAGGUGAUUGGUAUUCAAUUCAAGCGUUUCGAGCCUUAAAUCAAGCACUCGGACGAUGUAUCAGACACAAAAACGAUUGGGGAGCAGUUCUAGUCGUCGAUGAAAGAUUUGUAAGCACCGCGACAGUUAGUAAUCUUCCAAAAUGGGUGAAAAGCAUGUGGCGAAAACCAGCGCGAGUAAAUCUUCCCGGGGAAUUAAAGGAAUUUGUUCAAGUGCAAAAAAUACAAGAAGAAGAGCGUCUUCAUUUGUGAAUAUUGUUCUUAAAGUUUUUGUCUCGUUCUGUUUUCGUUAUAUUCGUAAAUUAAUUGUAGAAUCUUUUUUUUUGUCCCGUUUAGUGUUCAAUAGAUGUUUUGUUUUUUUCUAAA